GCCGCGCUGCACCGCCCCGCCUGCUUCCGAUUGGCCCGCACCCGCCUCCCGCGCCUUCACUGACAGGCGCCGCAGCCAGUAGGCAAAGCCGAGCGUCCAGGCCGGAGCGGAGACUGCGGAGCACCCAAGGAGGAGUGAGUCCCGGAGCGAGGGGAAGGAAACCGGCCGCGGUGGUAGGAACGCGACGGAAGAGAGAAACAACAGAAAUGACUCACCGAGAAGAAGCUGAGGUACAACUUUCAGAAUUAGAUUUACUCUCUAGCAUGUUUCCUUACGAGGAGGAGUUCAUUGUGACGGACCAGCUGGCUGCAGCAGAACUAAAACACUACGUUGAAAAUGAGUCUGCAGAGAUGCCAUCUUCAAAAGUUCAGUUUAUACUGAAUGUAAAGCCAGAGGUCUCUAAUGCCUCGAUGGUGGAAUUCUCUAUGGCCUGUGCUUUACCAUUUAAAUAUCCAACUGUUCUACCAGAAAUUACUGUGAGGUCAUCGUUAUUAAGCCGCUCUCAGCAGAUUCUCCUGAACUCAGAUCUAAAAACAUACUUGAUGGAAAACUGCAGUGGUGAGCCCUGCAUGUUGAGUGCAAGGGAGUGGGUUAAAGACCAUGCAGCUGCUUACAUUGACAAAGAGCUUUCAUCUUCCUCCGUGACGACAUCAAAUGCCAUGCAGCCAGAAGUCAUCACGUUCACUCGGUUGUGGAUCUAUAGUCAUCACAUUUACAACAAACAAAAAAGAAAGAAUAUUAUUGACUGGGCCAAGGAGCUGUCUCUGUCAGGGUUUUGCAUGCCAGGGAAACCAGGUGUUGUUUGUGUAGAAGGUCUACAAAGUAGUUGUGAAGAGUUCUGGUCGAGAGUAAGAAGAUUAACAUGGAAAAGAAUUCUCAUCCGGCACAGAGAAGAUGUUUCUUUGGAAGGUGGAGGACAUGCUGAGAUUCAGAAACAAAGAAAGUUCUCCACUUUGGAAGAAAAAUGUUUCGAUGCACAUGGUGCCAGAGGAAAUCAUAUGGAUUUGGGGCAGCUAUAUCAUUUUUUAGAAGAAAAAGGAUGUGCUGACAUUUUUCAAAUGUAUUUUGGAGUUGAAGGGCAUUGAAAGGGUUGAAGAUCACCACAAGUCCAAGUGCCUACAUCUGUAAGUUAAUCCUUGUAACUGAUUCCUUAGCUGUUCUGCAACAGUUGAUCAGAGGAGGAAUGAAUAAUUUGAGGGUAAUAUGAUGAAUCCAGUUUUCAAUGAAAACAAAUAUCCAGUGACAUCCUGAAUAAUGAAAAUGAUUAAAUGAAUGCAUUAUUAUACUUCCUGGUUUUAAGGACAUCGAGGGUGCAUACCUAAUUGCAAUGACAGAAAAUACAUUUGAUAACCUAGUGGGCAUUUACAGAAUUAUAGGUGAAUGAAUAGAUGGAAUUAUGGUGAGCGAAUAUGUGAACAAGGAGAGACAAAAAUUAAGUGCGCGUAUCUUGGGGGAGGAAAUGUGAUGUUUACAUGAUUUGUUACUCAAUACCUACACUCCAUGAAGACUUUUCUGUAAAAUCUUUUUUUCUACUUUCUACCUGAAAGUAUGUUAAGCCACAAGAUUAAUGUUUUAUUAAAAAAAAA